ACCAACCUGCUGAAGACUAUGCUAAUACGAUAUGCUGGUCUGACCCAAAUAUCUCGUUCUCAUAAUUUCAGAUUCUACAAUGUCACUGUGGUAGCUUUCACCUUUUCCUCUGACAUCAUGCAAAAUCAAAGUUUUGUAACUGAAUUCAUCCUCUUGGGGCUUUCACAGAAUCCAAAUGUUCAAAAAAUAGGAUUUGUUGUAUUUUUGUCAAUCUACAUGGCAACUAUUGGGGGUAAUUUGCUAAUUGUGGUGACCAUCAGUACGAACCCGGCACUCCUGACCUCUCCCAUGUACUUCUUUCUGGCUUUCCUGUCCUUCCUGGAUGUGUGCUUCUCUUCUGUCAUUGCUCCAAAGAUGAUUGUAGAUUCUCUCCAAGAGAGGAAAACCAUCUCCUUUGAGGGCUGUAUGACUCAGCUUUUUGCUGAACACUUCUUUGCCGGAGUGGAGAUGAUUGUUCUCACCUCCAUGGCCUAUGACCGCUAUGUGGCCAUUUGCAAGCCGUUGCAUUACUCCUCUAUCAUGAACUGGAGGCUCUGUGGCAUUCUGAUGGGGGUAGCCUGGACAGGGGGCUUCUUGCAUUCUGUGAUACAAAUUCUCUUUACUUUCCAGCUGCCCUUCUGUGGCCCCAAUGUCAUUGAUCACUUCAUAUGUGAUUUAUACCCAUUAUUGGAGCUUGCCUGCACUGACACUCAUAUCCUUGGCCUUUUGGUGGCUGCCAAUAGUGGGUUUAUCUGCAUCAUAAACUUCUCUUUGUUGCUUAUCUCCUAUUGUUUCAUCUUGUUCUCAUUGAGAACUCAUAGCUUUGAAGGUCAGUGGAAAGCUCUCUCCACUUGUGGAUCUCACAUUACUGUCGUGGUUUUGUACUUUGUCCCAUGCAUAUUUGUGUAUACACGACCUCCAUCUGCUUUCUCCUUUGACAAGAUGGUGACCAUAUUUUACACCAUCCUAACUCCCCUGCUGAAUCCUUUGAUUUAUACUUUCAGGAAUAAGGAAGUGCAAAAUGCCAUGAGGAAGUUGUAUAUGAGAUUGAUGGUGAUUUCUGAUGAAAAAUAAAACAUUUAACUGAAUAAAUAUAAAAUUUCAAGAUGAAAGAAUUCAAAAUGGGCUUAGCCAAGAACUUUAUAGGGGAUGGACCUUGUAAAACAGAAAGUAAUAUAAUAAAACAGAAAAAUAUUAAAGUGGAGGUCCGGAAAUGCUACUUCUGCCCUCAGAUCACUCUUCUACUCCAUGUUGGCAAUUCAGUAUCCUUAUAUAAGAUUUGAAGAGAGUUGAAUUUUAUGCUUUUUAAGAAUAUAAUAAUAAAGGAAAUCAGUAAAAAGGGGAAUCAGAUUAUCUACUUAAGUUCUUGCCAUUCAUACCAUGCUUUGAAGAAACUUCAUGGAGGGAAGACAAAAAAUAUUGUAGAGAUUAGGAACAGGAGCUUCCUGAAACUCUUUAACUGAAAAACAAGUUUACUUUUGGGACACUGAUUCCAGCUAAGAAGCCCUGGUGGUGCAAUGGUUAACCAUUCAGCUGUUAACCAAAAAGUCAGUGAUUUGAACUCACCACUCUCUCCUAUAGGAUCUCCAUGAAUCAGAAUUCACUGGAAAGCAAUUUUUGUUGUUGUUGUUGUUUGUUUUAAAGAUACGUUACUGCCUAGCUAGAAGACUGCAUUUUCCAACAUUCCAUAUGGUUAGGUGUGACCAUAUGCCUAUGCUCUGGUCAAUAAAAUGUAAAUGAAAGUGAUAAUGUAAAUGGUAAUUCUGUGAAUGUUGAAUUGUACCCGAAUUCAAGCAGGUGUGUUGGACAAUGAGGAUGUGUAUUAAGCUUAGUGGAAAAGCAAGACUGAAGGAGUCUGUAAACUUGAUGUUGUGGAGCUGUCAUACCAGCCACACAAUACUUGCCACAGGCUUUUUUUAUGAAAGAGGGAAAUAAAUCGCCAUCUUGUUUAAGUCAGCCUUAAUAAAGUAGGCUCAGAAGCUAUAUCUCCUGUUGCAUAUAUGAGCUAUUCUGACCAUUCAUGCUGUAGUCUUACCUGCCAAUUAUCUCACAAAAUUAUUAUCUGUUCUGUGGGAUCCCCAAAUUAAUUCACAUUAAAUAGACUUUACCCUUUAAAAAUAUUCUUUAACAGCUCAAUGCCUGACCUUUUUUAUUUUUUGGAAAAUUUGUAUUCUGAAACAAAUCUUGGUCUUAAUGUCGUUAUGAGGAAUUGCUGUUACUAAUGACUUGAUGUUAUCAAUA